UGGACGCAGGGCUUGGACUGCAGCAUGACCUACUGCCCGGGUCCUUCUGCACUGCCUGCUGCGGCUUGCUGGGAUCUGGCUGCACCUCAGAUACACUUUAUACUGCUGUUCAGUCGGCAGGGGAAGUUAAGGCUUCAGAAAUGGUACACGACGCUACCUGAUAAAGAGAAGAAAAAGAUCAUUCGAGAAAUUGUUCAGAUUAUUUUGUCUCGCAAUCAAAAAACAAGUAGUUUUGUUGACUGGAAAGACCUCAAGCUUGUUUACAAAAGGUAUGCUAGUUUGUAUUUCUGCUGUGCAAUAGAAGACCAGGAUAAUGAGCUCCUGACACUAGAGGUCGUUCAUCGAUACGUGGAGCUCCUGGACAGAUACUUUGGAAACGUGUGCGAGCUGGAUAUCAUCUUCAAUUUUGAAAAAGCUUAUUUUAUUCUUGAUGAGUUUAUAAUUGGUGGAGAAGUACAAGAGACUUCAAAGAAGACUGCAGUGAAAGCCAUAGAAGACUCUGACAUGUUGCAGGAGACAGUGGAAGAAUACAUGAACAAGCCUGCAUUUUAGUGUUAAACUACCUGAAGAGAAAACUGCUGUAUGAACCUCUAAAGUGCACUUCCUGAAAUUGCUUCCCAAUGUGCCAGAUCCUCAAAGAAAUACCAAAAACCAGUAACUGAAGGGGUUUGUUUGUAUAAUGGUGAAGAUGAAAGUCAGCUAAUGUAGCAAGGGGUUUAACAAUUCUGUGCUUUGCAUUACUCUGUACAUGAGUUUCUCAGAGUUGUUACUACCCCAAUCUAGUUUCUCUGCUCCUUGCUGGACUCAGCUGUUGUUUUGCACCAUGUCUUUUAGCUACGGGUUUUGUCAUCACAAAAUGCUCCUCUGACAACAUUUUGAAGAGGUAUUUUUACUAGUUUUGUUCACUGCUGACUGUAUGAAUCUACUUUUGUACAAAUGUCCAUUAUUUUGAAUGUAAUGGUUAUUCUGCUGUAAUAAUAAUUUUUUUCUAAAAGCCAAAUUGCUGUGGGCCCUGAUUUCACAAACUUCUUGUGACAAGAUUAACCCUUGAUGUAUAUGAGGAAAUACACAUCUCUUUGGGGCAGCCUCUUUCUUUCACUGUCUUCUUUCUCUUUUCUGUUCUAGUUUGCUAAUAAGACUGCUCCAACUGCUCCUACAGUGCACUCUGUGCCUCCUUUUAAUCUGAAUACUGUUUGGAGGUAGGUUUUUCCUAAGAUUAAUGAAUCCUUUUUCUGCUGCUGCAUGCAGAUGGCCUGUUUCUUUCUCCUCAUUUUCCUAUCCCCUUCCUAGAUCCCUUGGACCUAUGCAAAGGCUUCAAACUUUGGAAUUGUGCAGCAUGAGUGCAGGAGAAAACCUGGAGAGAAAAAAAUCAGCCUUUGGAAGAUAAUCUCAUAUAUCUUUUGGAAUUCAAACUCAUGUUUCCCAGUAGAGUUUUCCAAUCUCAAAUUCACACACCUGUUGGGAUGAUUUAUAACUUUGCAAGCUGCAGAAAGGAUAAGGUAGUAGAGAGGAGUCAGCUGGGCUGUGUGCCCUCCUGUGUGUUACAAGCCAUUGCAGCAGAGUGUGUGUGGAGCUAGGUGUGUUAACUCUCCUUUCAGUGCAGUUUAGACUCUGUGAACUGAUUGAACUGGCUUCCUUAGAGAAUCCAAAGCUCAGAGAAAUUCUGUUUAUCUGAGCCCAUAAUUCUGAACUAGAUGUUUUGUUUCUGUCAAAUAAUGAAAUUAUUCUAUACAAAAAUUAGGGAAGUUUCAGACAAAUAUACCAGAAUGAUCCAAGCAUUGUCAUAUUUCUCUUCUUUAUAUAUAUUUCCCUUGAUUUCUGGCAUGAACAGUCAAUAUUUUCUUUCAGAGGUCUUUCUAAUCUUUAAAUGUCCUGCAUACUUACUCUGAUUUUGUCACUGCUCCUUCCUUCCUCCUCAGUUAGUAUCUUCCUACAGGAGGGACACUGGGGGUUGUUUGGAGGGUGGGGGCACUUUGACACAACACAACUUUGCUGAUUGUCAGCCCACUAUUCUGCCUCUGCUUUCCAGUCUGUUAGUAAAACUGUGACAGACUGGUUCAUAGCAUCAUGUUGCUCUUUUUUAUAAUUACUUUAUCCAUCUGUUUUCUCUGUAUUGAUGUCGCAGCCAUACUUUCGCCUGGAAAGAGUGAAAAUUGCUGAAGGGCUUUUAAUAGCUCUGAAGACAUCCAAUUUAAUAGUAAAUUAAUGAAACUGUGUAAUUUGUAGAUUAUUUUCUCAUGGUUUGAAAUUAAGUUUUUUAAAGUACAGUGUUUAAUUGAUUAAGAAAUCAUUAAGAAAUCACUUCAGACGUGCAGAGGCUCCUUGACUCUUUUCCUUUAUAAGUGACUUCUACUAACUGAAAUCAUCAGUAGUUUGAUGAUGAGAUUCUCUGAUGCUUAAAACUAUUAUGUUGGUGGAAUUCUGAAUUAGAUCAAAAUAGGAGUCCCAGAAAGAUUGCUUGGUACAAAUAAAGGUAUCAUAAGCCUG